AGCUGCGGGAGAGGUGAGCCAUCUUCCCCCGGCAGACUGAUCCGCUGGAGGGAGAGCGAUCCGCCGGAGGCAGCCAGGACGAAGCGGAGCCCGGACACCAUCCGGGGGGAUUCCGGGUGUCAGACGCCGGGACGGCCGGUCGCCGUGGCGGGAGGAGGCGCGUGAAGGACCCGGUGGGAUUUCCUCUCGUCGUCUGAAUGACGAGCGCCGCAACUUUGAACGGCAGACCGAGCAGCCCGGGGUACAAAGGACGGACAGCCGUGGCAGUUUGUGAGGAUUAAUACUGACAGCAGAGGCGAGCCGCGGGCGGACGGGAGCCCGGGCCGGAGCGGGCUGAAGCGGGCCGGCGGUGAGAGAGCGUGCGGUCCCGGCGGAGCGGAUGUAAACAAACAGCUAACCGAGCUAGCGCACGUUAGCCGACUGGGGGCUAGCGCCGUGCUACAGCUAGCGGAGCUCCAAUCGACUCGCAACAAAAGUAAAGUGGAGUGAACGCGGCUGUCUCCGGCUCGGAAAGCCGAUAGAGUCUCCCCGGAGCGGCCUGCGCCGGAUGACACGCGCGUGCGUCUCCUCGGAAUGCGGCUAGUGGCGAAACCCCGUCGACUAGCUACCGUCGGCUAACUGCUGUUAGCAUCGCUCCGUAACGUAAACAGAGGAGCCGGAGAGGAGGCUCCGCUCGGCUCGGCUCGGCUCCGCGGGGGGGCCCGGACUCCCCUCGCCUCGGGGAGCAGCGGUCCGGCCGAUUGGCUGAGCCGGCCAGGACGUCAGGAUGAAGGCGAGCUGUCUGACUCUUCCCCGGAGGUCUGGUCCCGUCGUGUCAGCCUGAAGUUAGCGGCACUCCGAGCGGAUGUGAGCGGCUGGAGGGCUUCGCUCUUUGCCUGGCUACUGGCGGAGUUCCCCCCUUCCCCCCCCGGGCAGCUUGGUGUGAAGUGAGAGGACUCCCUGACGUGUGUGAGGGCCCUCUGGUAAGCCUCUCAGCUGUGUUUUGGUUGCCCGUGGCCUCCCCUCCCCCCAGCCCCCUGCCCCCUGCCCCCCCUCCACUGCUGGACCUUGUUUUUGAAGAUCGGCCUCUGGACUCGGGCUCGGCUGAAAAGUGGAUGUGAUGGAACUGAUGUUCGCCGAGUGGGAGGACGGGGAGAGGUUCUCCUUCGAAGACUCGGACCGCUUCGAGGAGGACUCCCUGUGCUCCUUCAUCUCCGAGGCCGAGAGCCUCUGCCAGAACUGGAGGGGAUGGAGGAAGCAGUCCGCCGGACCCAACUCCCCCACCGUCAAGGUCAAAGACGGUCAGGUGAUCCCGCUGGUGGAGCUCUCAGCCAAGCAGGUGGCAUUCCACAUCCCGUUUGAGGUGGUGGAGAAGGUCUACCCCCCCGUCCCCGAGCAGCUUCAGCUCCGCAUCGCCUACUGGAGCUUCCCCGAGAACGAGGAGGACAUCAGGUUGUAUUCCUGCCUGGCUAACGGGAGUCCAGAUGAGUUCCAGCGCGGCGAGCAGCUCUACAGGAUCCGGGCGGUCAAAGACCCCCUGCAGAUCGGCUUCCACCUCAGUGCGACGGUGGUUUCCAGUCAGUCAGGUCAGUCCAAAGGAGCCUACAAUGUGGCGGUCAUGUUCGACCGCUGCCGCAUCACCUCCUGCAGCUGCACCUGCGGCGCCGGGGCCAAGUGGUGCGCCCAUGUGGUGGCGCUCUGCCUCUUCAGGAUCCACAACGCCUCAGCCGUGUGUCUGCGAGCUCCGGUCUCCGAGUCCUUGUCCCGGCUGCAGAGGGACCAGCUCCAGAAGUUUGCUCAGUACCUCAUCAGCGAGCUGCCUCAGCAGAUCUUACCCACCGCUCAGCGGCUGCUGGACGAGCUGCUGUCGUCUCAGUCGACCGCCAUCAACACCGUGUGCGGAGCGCCAGACCCGACCGCGGGCCCGUCGGCCUCCGAUCAGAGCACCUGGUAUUUGGACGAGUCGACGCUCAGCGACAACAUCAAGAAGACUCUGCACAAGUUCUGCGGGCCGUCUCCCGUCGUCUUCAGCGACGUCAACUCCAUGUACCUGUCGUCCACGGAGCCGCCGGCCGCCGCCGAGUGGGCGUGUCUGCUGCGGCCCCUGAGGGGCCGCGAGCCGGAGGGCAUCUGGAACCUCCUGUCCAUCGUCAGGGAGAUGUUUAAGAGGAGAGACAGCAACGCCGCCCCGCUGCUGGAGAUCCUCACUGAGCAGUGCCUCACCUACGAGCAGAUAAUCAGCUGGUGGUACAGCGUGCGGACGUCGGCGUCUCACAGCAGCGCCAGCGGACACACCGGGCGCAGCAACGGCCAGUCGGAGGUGGCGGCCCACGCCUGCGCCAGCAUGUGCGACGAGAUGGUGGUGCUGUGGCGGCUGGCGGUGCUCGACCCCACCAUGAGCCCCUGCAGGCGCCUGGAGCUGGCCAGCCAGCUGAAGCAGUGGCACCUGAAGGUCAUCGAGAUCGUGAAGCGGGGGCAGCACCGCAAGUCGCUGGACAAGCUGUUCCAGGGCUUCAAGCCGGCCGUGGAGUCCUGCUACUUCAACUGGGAGGCGGCCUACCCCCUGGAGGGCAUCACCUACUGCAGCGCCGACAAGAAGAGCGCCACCUUCUGCUGGUCCCGGGCCGUGCAGCACCAGAGGGGGGCCAAAGCUGCGGCGGCGGCGGCGGCGGGCGGAGAGCCCUCCGAGUCCGGGGGCGGGGGCCGGGCCGAGGGCGGGGCCGCCACAGACUACAAAGGAAGGGGGGGCGGGCACUCGUCCCAGCAGGAGGUGGCGGUGCGGCCAAAGGAGACCAUCCUGAGCAAGAGGAAGGGUCUGUCGGUCGGCGGAGGGGGGGGCAUGCUGGUGCGCCUGGGGGGCGGCGUGUCGCUGUCCCUGGAGGACGGGGGAGGGAAGUGCAUGUACAAGGGGCCGGGGCCGUCCUCGGGGGGGAAGCUGAAGCUGCCGCAGGGCGGCGGGAAGGGGGCGUCCGUGGGGGGCCCGGCGGGCUGCGGGGGGGCCGCGGGGAACAGUAAACACGCCGGCGCCAAGAGGAGGACCAGCAGCGAGGACAGCUCCCUGGAGCCGGACCUGGCCGAGCUGAGCCUGGACGACGGCUGCAGUCUGGCUCUGGGGGCGGAGGCCAGCAACACCUUCGAGUUUCUGCCCCCACCUCCAGAGAUGCUGCCCUCCCCAAGCCCGCUCCUCCGAGACUCCCGCAAAUUCAACGGUGGCGGAGGGAGCAAGGUGUUUGAAGCGAAGCGCGUCAGUCACGCUCCGCCCGUCCUGGCGACCGCGGAGGCGGCUCCGCCCUGUUUCCCCGCCAAGGAGACGGUGGUGGUGGUCAUGGACGGGCCCGGCCCCCCCGAGAAGGCUGGGGAGGGGGAGGUGGAGCCUGCCCCCAGCAGAGAGGAGGACGUGGACUCAGCUGGCAGUAACCAGCCCCCCGCCUCCACCAGGUCCACCGGGGGGCCGCCGUCCUCCAAGCUGCCGCGUGGCCGCAGAGACGCGGCAUCCGCGGGGGGCGGGGCCGCCCCCGCCUCGGGGGGGCCGGCCAACCCGGGGGCGGGGGCGGAGGCGGCGGCGGACGGGGAGCCCGCCGGCGACGACGACUACCAGGCGUACUACCUGAGCGCCGCGUCCGAGGAGGGAGCGGACAGGCAGCUCGCUGACAACCACCAGGACGACGAGCCCGACAUCUUCGCCGGGAUCAAACCGCUGGAGCAGGAGGGCCGGAUGGAGGUGCUGUUUGCCUGUGCUGAAGCCCUCCACGCUCACGGCUACAGCAAUGAGGCGUGCCGCCUGGCGGUGGAACUGGCCCGAGACCUGCUGGCCAACCCCCCAGACCUGAAGGUGGAGCAGCCGCAGACCAAGGGGAAGAAGAGCAAGGUGUCGACCAGCCGGCAGACGCAGGUGGCCACCAACACGCUGUCCAAGGCCGCCUUCCUCCUCACCGUCCUCAGCGAGCGGCUGGAGCUGCACAACCUGGCCUUCAGCACCGGCAUGUUCUCCCUGGAGCUGCAGCGGCCGCCGGCAUCCACCAAAGCCCUGGAGGUCAAGCUGGCCUACCAGGAGUCGGAGGUGGUGGCGCUGCUGAAGAAGAUCCCUCUGGGUCUGGUGGAGAUGUCGGCCAUCAGGGAGCGGGCCGAGCAGCUCCGGGACGGGAGCUUCUGCGACUACCGGCCGGUGCUGCCGCUCAUGCUGGCCAGCUUCAUCUUCGACGUGCUGUGCACCCCAGUUUGUGCAGUCGUGUCGCCGACGGGCUCCCGGCCGCCCAGCCGUAACCGUAACAACGAGAUGCCCGGAGACGAGGAGCUGGGCUUCGAGGCCGCCGUGGCGGCUCUGGGUAUGAAGACCACAGUGAGCGAGGCCGAGCACCCCCUGCUGUGCGAGGGCACCCGGCGGGUGAAGGGCGACCUGGCUCUGGCCCUCAUGAUCACGUACAAGGACGACCAGAGCAAGCUGAAGAAGAUUCUGGACAAGCUGCUGGACCGGGAGAGUCAGACCCACAAGCCGCAGACCCUCAGCUCCUUCUAUUCCAGCAAACCGGCGGCUGGGAGUCAGCGCAGCCCAUCCAAGCACGCCACCGCAAGCCACGGCGGGCUGGGCGGGGCCACGGGCGGCGUCUCCAAGCACACCCCCUCCUCGUCCUCCGCCGCCCCCCCGCCGCCGCCGCCGGCCUCGUCCUCCGGCUCGGCGGUGGCCGUGGGCGGGGACGAGGUGGCUCCUCAGGCGGAACUGAGCACGGUGCAGAACAGCACGGCGGCGGACGGCGCCGCAGAGCCCCGAGAGCACGUUCCAGACGGGCCUCAGUCGUCCAGCGAGCCGCAGAGUGAGGUGGCCCCCUUCAAGCUGGAGGCCACGGUGCCCAGCCGGCUGGCCCUGGGGGCCCGCUGUGGCUACAGCCAGCGCGGCUGGGGAUCUCCGGUCCGGCAGAAGAAGAAACACACCGGCAUGGCCAGCAUCGACAGCAGCGCCCCCGAGACCACUUCGGACAGCUCGCCCACCCUCAGCCGGCGGCCGCUGCGUGGCGGGUGGGCGGCGGCUUCCUGGGGGCGGGGCCAGGACAGCGACAGCAUCAGCAGCUCGUCAUCGGAUUCGCUGGGCUCGUCGUCCUCCAGCGGCUCUCGCAGGGCGGGGGGCGGGGCCAGGGCCAAGAGCACCGACACCAGCAGGUACAAAGGCCGACGCCCAGAGUGCCACGCCCCCCACGUCCCCAACCAGCCGUCGGAGGCGGCGGCUCAUUUUUACUUUGAGCUGGCCAAGACGGUGCUGAUCAAAGCCGGAGGAAACUCCUCCACCUCCAUCUUCACCCAGCCCUCUGCCAGCGGGGGUCACCAGGGGCCCCACAGGAACCUGCACCUCUGUGCCUUCGAGAUCGGCCUGUACGCACUCGGCCUCCACAACUUCGUCUCGCCCAACUGGCUGUCCAGGACCUACUCGUCCCACGUGUCCUGGAUCACCGGUCAGGCCAUGGAGAUCGGCAGCGCCGCUCUGAACAUCCUGGUGGAGUGCUGGGACGGUCACCUCACCCCCCCGGAGGUGGCCUCCCUGGCCGACCGGGCAUCGCGGGCCAGAGACCCCAACAUGGUCCGGGCCGCGGCGGAGCUGGCCCUGAGCUGUCUGCCUCACGCCCACGCUCUCAACCCCAAUGAGAUCCAGAGAGCCCUGGUUCAGUGCAAGGAGCAGGACAACGUCAUGUUGGAGAAGGCCUGCAUGGCGGUGGAGGAGGCGGCGAAGGGCGGAGGCGUGUACCCCGAGGUGCUGUUCGAGGUGGCCCACCAGUGGUACUGGCUGUACGAGCAGUCGGUGGGCGGCGGCUCGGCCCAGCAGCGGGAGACGUCCGGGCGCUGCGGCGCCAACGGGGGCUCGGGCAGGAGGCCCCCCGAGUCCGGCUGCGGCGUGCUGGACGCCGGCUCCGGCAUGGAGUCUGCCGGCGUGGCGGCGGUCACGGCGGCGGUCACGGCAGCCGCCGUGGUGCCUGUCAUCUCGGUGGGCUCCACCAUCUACCAGUCCCACGCCAUGCCGGGCCAGGCCAUGGCCCACCCCCACGGCCAGGGGCUGCACCCCUACACCACCAUCCAGGCCCACCUGCCCACCGUCUGCACCCCGCAGUACCUGGGACACCCGCUGCAGCACGUCCCCCGGCCCGCCGUCUUCCCGGUGUCUGGAGCUGCGUACCCACAGGGAAUGCACCCGGCCUUCAUCGGUGCUCAGUACCCCUUCUCGGUGGCCGCCGGGCCUCAGCCUCCGAUGGCGGCCACGGCCGUCACCUUCCCCGGCGUCCCCGUCCCGUCCAUGACCCAGAUCGCCGUCCACCCCUACCACGCCGAGACGGGCCUGCCCCUCAGCACCACCGUCGCAGUAGGCAGCGUCCACUCCGGUCCCACCAUCCAGGCCAUCCAGGGGGCGUCCCUGCCCGCCCUGUCCUCGCAGCCCGCCCCGCUGGUCAGCGCGCCGUUCCCGGCCGAGGACGAGCCGCACAGCCAGCCCAUCAGCCAGCAGGGCCUGCACUACCUGCACUCCGCCUACAGAGUCGGCAUGCUGGCUCUGGAGAUGCUGGGCAGGAGAGCGCACAACGACCAUCCCAACAACUUCUCCAGGAGCCCCCCGUACACCGAGGACGUGAAGUGGCUGCUGGGAUUGGCCGCCAGGCUGGGAGUGAACUACGUCUACCAGUUCUGCGUGGGGGCAGCCAAAGGGGUCCUGAGCCCCUUCGUCCUGCAGGAGAUCAUCAUGGAGGCCCUGCAGAGGCUGAACCCGGCUCACAUCCACGCCCACCUGCGGACCCCCGCCUUCCACCAGCUGGUGCAGCGCUGCCAGCAGGCCUACCUGCAGUACAUCCACCACCGGCUCAUCCACCUCACGCCGGCCGACUACGACGACUUCGUCAACAUCAUCCGCAGCGCCCGCGGCGCCUUCUGCCUCACGCCGGUGGGCAUGAUGCAGUUCAACGACGUGCUGCAGAACCUGAAGCGGGGCAAGCAGACCAAGGAGCUGUGGCAGCGCAUCUCGCUGGAGAUGGCCACCUUCUCCCCCUGAGGAGGGGCGGAGCCCGGCGGGGGUCCAGGGUGGCCCGGCUGCCCCUCCCCCCCCCAGACUCACCCGGAUCCAAACCAUUCUGCAACAUUCCUGUGCGGAGCGGGACGGACGCUCCGGCGCGGCGGCGGCGGUUCGGGUGAGGACCUCGGUGUUUUCUCUGAUCUUUUUCAUACUUUGUAUUGGCUGUACCCAGAGGAGGGGGCCGGGGCGGCUGCCGCUCCUCUUGUCGUCGUUCUCGUCGUCGUGUGGGAUCCACAUGUACAUUUCAGCCCCCGCCCCGCCCCCAACCCCCCGCCCGAUGGCGACGGGCACUCUGCUCCGGAGCUCAGACCCCGCCCCGCUCCUCGGGUCACCACGGGGUGGGGGGGUUGGUGGGGGUGGGGGGGCUGCGUCUGCAGUUCACAGGCAGCUACCAGUCAAAGCUGAAGCUUCAAACCAGCUCCGUCAGCCUCCGCCCGCGGCCCGGAAACACCACAGCCCCCCAGGCUGGACACAGACGC